GAAGCCAGUGUGUUUACAAGGCUGACACAUCUGGUUCCUGCUUCCGUCAACGUAAGCUAGUAGCUGGGACCUGAUUUUUGGACGCUUUCAUGGUUAAACUUCCCAAGAUAAAAGCACAACUUUUCUUUCGCUUGAACCGAUAAGCCGAUAACUUCCUAACUGACUGGUUGGCCCUGUACGUCCGCUUAAAUGGCGUCAGCGAACGACCCAUUUCAAUUUCAAGAAUUUGAAGAGAGCAAUCUGCUGGCAGCUGACAGAGAUUCAACCACCAUCAACAUCGAGGAUGAUUUUGUAAACCAGAAGUCCCCCGGUGGUUUCACUCCCAACAUCGAUAAUGAAGACCCCAUGGCUGAAGAUGACAAAGCUGAGCUUCUCUCUGGGGAGAAGAAAAGCACCCCCUUCUGGACUUUUGAGUACUACCAACAGUUCUUCGACGUCGACACGAGCCAUGUAAAGGAAAGAAUCGUUGGAUCAGUGCUGCCCUGGCCGGGAAAGAACUUCAUUCACGUGUACCUUCGCAGAAAUCCCGAUUUCUACGGACCGUUUUGGAUCUGCACCACUCUUGUGUUUGCCAUCGCCAUCAGUGGAAACAUCUCCACCUUUCUGGUGAACCUGAACAAGCCAAACUACAAGUAUACACCCGAGUUUGGAAAAGUGACCAUAGCUGCGACAGCCAUCUUCACCUACGCUUGGCUAGUCCCUCUCGCCAUGUGGGGUUUCUUGCUAUGGAGGAACAACAAGAUAAUGAACUUGGUGUCAUAUUCCUUCAUGGAGGUUGUCUGCGUGUACGGAUACUCCCUUUCUAUAUACAUUCCCGCGGUGGUUCUGUGGAUCUUCCCGUUCGAGUGGCUGCGGUGGCUCUCCAUCCUGGUGGCGCUGCUCCUGUCCGGCUCUGUCCUGGUCAUCACCUUCUGGCCCGCCGUCCGUGACGACCAGCCCAAAAUUAUUGCGGCAGUCAUGUCGGCCAUCGUGGUGUUCAAUGUCCUGCUCGCCGUCGGCUGCAAAGCGUAUUUCUUCAGCGAAGCAGAACCGGUGCCAGCGCCCGACAAACUGACGGCGACAGCAGUGGUCCACCCGCACACGACAUGAGAAGGUGUUUCAAGCGUCUCCUGUUGCCUUAAUCGAGAGAAUCGGGUUGCGGUGUGGCGAUGAAGUCAUCGGCCGUCUGGAUUUCACGUCAUAAUCUACUGUGAGGGGUGGGCUUAGUGCACCGCUACCAAGUAUGUUCUUUCUAAUGGGGACGGGUGUGGUGUGACAAUAUGGAUUUCCAUUUAUAGCCAAAACGCGACAAAAGACAUUUUGGGUGAAUAUUAUGGUUGCGGGAUUUGGACAGCAGACCAUGGAAUUGUCCAUACUGAAUGGAUGUAUUUAAUUUUCUUUACUAGUACUAUUAAUAAUGUUGACAAAAGUAUGGAAGUGUAUUAGGGCCACACUGAAGCAAUGACAAGUGUAAAACGGAAUUACAGAAAAAAGUUAUGUCAUAACUCUGAGGAAAAAAGUCACAAUGUUGCAGAAGAAAAAGUUGAGAGUAAAAUCAUAAUAUUACCAGGAUAAAGUUGUAAUUUUUGAAGAAUAAACUUGUAAUAUGAAGAUGAAGUUUAAUGUCAAAGUCGGAAUUCUACAAGGAGAUUUUUUUUCCCGCAUAUUUAUGACAACGUUAUCCUUCUAAUAUUUCAACUUUAUUCUUGUAAUGUUGUCUUUUUUUUUUCUUAAAAAAUACAUAGUUUUUUUUACUUGAUUAUAUUCUCUGUACUCGACUUUAUUGCUUUAUAGUGGUAAUAUUCCCAUUAUAUAAAGUCAGAAUUACAAGAAUAAAGUCCUAAUUUUACAAGAGUAAAGAUGCAAUAAUACAAGAAAGAUUUAAUUUUACAUUAAUUAAGUCAUAAUCCGACAAGAAGUCAUAUUAUUACGGUGAUACAGAAAUUACAAGAAAAAAAGGUUACUCAAAUUUAAAACUGGGAAUUUUUCCUUAUAUUACGAGUAUUUUUGUACAUUCCGGUUUUGUUUUUUCAUAAAAAUACAACAUCGUGAUCCAUUAUUUACUUAUUUUUUGUAUAAAAAAAAAAAAUCUUAUUUUCUUAUUUUCUGUAAUAUUACAAUUUAAGUCUUGGAAUAUUCUGACUUUAUUCUUGUAACAUUGACUUUUUUCAGAUUUUUUUUUUGUUUUUUUGUUUUUUGUUUAGUUGUUCUUUUCUGUGUUGGCCUUAUACAUGUUCACACAAAAAGCAAUUGUAAAUUUCCAAGAGUAUUGCAUCUUUUAUUGAAUAAUUCACAUUUGCUGAUUGAAGGACUACGUUUGUUUAAAAACAUAUGGACUUGCUAAUGGAAAUGUUCAAUUUAUAAAUCAGGAGUUACAAAUAAAUAUCUAUCAUUGUGACUUCAGUUUUAGACACCAGUGACUUGGACAGUUGCAUCAAAUAAACACUAAGUCAAAUAAAUAACA